AAAUGUUUUAAAAAUGGCCAAUGUGAAGCAGCAUAAAUCUAAUACGCAGCUGAAAUAUAUACUGAAGAACCUUAAGAGAAUGCGUAGGAAUACGCAGCACGACAGUUUUUGCAGUUAUUCGAAAAGUGAGCAUAAAGGAUUGAAAAAAGUGUUGAAAAUAUUCAAAAAGCAAGCGUUGAAAACGAAGUGUGGAAAGAGAAUGAAGCUGGUGAUUUAAAUUUUUCAAUAAAGAAGGUGGACUAUACAAUUGAAAUAAAGAGAUCGCUUGGAAUAACAAUAAGAAUCAAUAAAACAACAUAAAUAAUAAUAACAAAGUACUUCAAAUUGCUAAAUAGUUGCAUCAAUGAAAAAAAACAUUCAAAGUCGUAUGAAAUUAUUAUCAAAUUAAUUAAAAAAUAAAAAGAAAAUUGAACAAUUAAAAUAAUAAACGAAAUAAUAAAAAAAUCACAAAAUUAAAAUAAGAACAGCGGAAUCCAAAUAAAUUCUAGCAACAAAGCAAAGCACUGUUAGGAACCGUAAACAGAACUGUGAUGAACUAACAGCAAGAAAUCUGAAAAUUCUAUCUAUGUAUAACGACAGUGUUUUUAUAUCAUACAAAUCUAAAACAACGAAAGGAAUGAGCGGCUCGGAAAAAUGGAACUUUCUAUGACUGAAAAAUAAUAGUAAACGUAGUAAAAAAAUAAUAAACUAAGAAGAAUAAAACAACAAACUGAGUUGAGUAAUAAAAUGCCAUAAAAACUAUAACCACAUAACUAUUAUUAGUAUUAUUAGAUAUUAUUAGUAUUAUUGGAUAAUACGCAUGAUUGGAAACACUAAAAAACAUGUAAUUUAAAACUCAACCAAAUACCUCGUUACCACGCUGAGACUGAAACGGUAAAUAUGAAUGACUGAUUUAAGACAAAAUUCGUGAAACCAACGACUGAUACUGAAGACUGCAAUUGUUUGCUUGAAAUACCGAAUAAACAAUUAUAGCGAUUACUUAGAUAGCAUCAAUCGUCAACUUGCACACAUUGGUCUAGAGAAAUACACCCACCCAUUUACAACCACAAUCAAAUAGUUCAUCGAACACAAUUAAACACAAAAUGUCUCAACGUAACGGCAAUAAUGGCAAAAACGUUAAUAACAGUAACAACUGGCGUUCAAAACAAAACUUGAUUAAGGAUGUGCUCUCCAAAUCGGGCACGGAGCUAAUGGAGAUCACGACAACGGCAUCGCCACCAAAUAAAACGCCAAAUGGCAGCGCAAAGACGGUGGGCAGACGUGUAAAGCAGAAAAGAAACGGUGGGGAUACAGCUGCUGGCAGCGUUACUAGCAAAGAGACACCAAAUAAAAUGGUGUAUUAUCAAUCAACGCCAUUGGUUAUUAAAACAGAGAAGCCUAAUCAGGCACAAUUCUGCACUCCGUUACAGACAACAGCAGCGCUAAUUGCCAAUACAACAACAAACUUAGAAGCUCAUCAAUUGCAGCAAGGCACUCCGCUUCUGUACAGCAACAACAGCAAUGUUACAAUAAUGCAGCAACAACGGCAGCAACAGCAACCAGCAUCAACAUCAUUACCUCAUACAAGUAUUAUACCCAUUAAUGUUACUCCAAUGACUGCAUCGAAUAUAAGUUUACCUGCUAAUAUCAAAGCAGAACCGAAUAUCGGCGUAUAUGGAGCUGCGUUAGCCGCAACAACAGUAAAUGACACAGCCUCAGCGUUGCCAUUAACUGGCGGUAGUGCCGGCACCGUGACAAUAAACCGGAAACCAACUGUAAAUAAGCCGAAAUUUAAAUGCGAGCAAUGCGGCAUGACCUUCGGCAGUAAGUCGGCGCAUACCUCACACACUAAAUCGCAUGCGAAAAGCACAGAAGCAGUUAGUGCUGCAGCGGCAGGGUCUACAAUACAAGCAGAAAUCAACGAAGUCAAUAUACCGGCGGGUAUACCAAAGACGCCUAAUCUGACAGGCGUUGCUGGUGGCGAUCCGUAUCAGUGUAACGUUUGUCAAAAGACAUUUGCGGUACCCGCUAGGCUGAUCCGUCAUUAUCGCACGCAUACCGGCGAACGGCCCUUCAAAUGUGAGUUUUGUCAUAAGCUGUUCAGUGUGAAGGAGAAUCUGCAAGUGCAUCGCCGCAUACACACCAAAGAACGACCGUACAAGUGUGACGUCUGCGAACGCGCUUUUGAGCAUUCGGGCAAAUUGCAUCGGCACAUGCGCAUUCACACUGGCGAGCGGCCGCAUAAAUGUUCUGUCUGCGAGAAAACAUUUAUACAGUCUGGGCAAUUGGUCAUACAUAUGCGAACGCAUACCGGUGAGAAACCAUACAAAUGCCCCGUAGAGGGCUGCGGUAAGGGCUUCACCUGCUCCAAACAACUAAAAGUACAUUCACGUACGCACACCGGCGAAAAACCUUACCAUUGCGAUAUCUGUUACCGUGAUUUCGGCUACAAUCAUGUGCUCAAACUACAUCGCGUACAGCACUAUGGAUCCAAAUGCUAUAAAUGCACGAUUUGCGAUAUGACUUUCAAGAACAAAAAAGAGAUGGAAGCGCAUAUUAAAGGCCAUGCCAAAGACUUACCAGACACUGAGGAUGGAGUGGCAGCUGCUGCAGUGGUGGUCAGUUGCGCCGACCAAACCAGCAACUCAGCAACCAGUAGUUCAAGCGGCGAAGCAUCAUCAGCACCGGCUUCACCUUCAUCAACACCGGCCUCACCUUCAACAAAACCGUCACCUUCAACAGCUGCCCUAGCUGGCGAGGCGCCUGUUAAAACGCGGAAAACCAAACGUAGUCGCACUAAACCCACCACAAAUGAACCAACUGCUAACAUGUCUAAUCAAACAUCGCCUAGUUCGCCGCGUUCCACAUCGUCGCCAAGCUCAUCGCUCGCGUCCACUUCACGUCUUUCAGCUGGUACGCCGGAAUCUAUGCCCACAUCACCACAUGCACUGGAAACCGACCAACAUAGUCGCGACAGUGGCGUAGCUAGUGGUAGCAAUAAUCGUCAAUUAUCUCUCUCUUUAGCCGCCAUGAAUUCGACUGACAUCAACGCACAAGACAAUUUUACAUACAUAAUCGAAGAAUUACCCACAGAUUUAAGCAAACAACAUACACAACCGGAAUUACCACGAGCAGCAAAUGCGAAAUUCUACCAAAAUAAUCAGUUACAAAAUUCAUUAAACUAUCAUCAGCAAACAGUUCCAACAAACUAUGAUUAUCAGCAGCUACAGCAACCUCAUGUAGAUCUCGAACAUUCUGAACUUGAACCGCCGACUAUCAAUCCAUUAUUACUUGAAGCAGCAUCUAUUGUGAGGCGACGUGACAUGCUGGAUUCGCCACAUGCGGAUGAGGUAACGUUUUCGGGCAUAUCAUUUAGGCAAACACGGCACAUCGAACACCAAAGCCAUGGUUAUCAAUAUCGAGAACAAACGAAUGAACCUAUUUUCGAUAUUGAACGCUCUACCAUUAUGCCGUCUGCCAUGCCAACGUCAUCGUUCGCAACACAACAUAUUUCGAUCAGUCACGAUUUGUCGCAAUACGAUGGCACACGCGAGGCGGACGAGUUGAUUGAGCAUUACAAACGGGGCGAACUUGGGCGACACGGCAUGCACAAGGGGUAUGCACCAGUGCCUAAAUAUGAGUCUUCGCUACUCAACAAAGAAAUUGUACGUCAAGUUGAAGCUGCAAUUGCGCCACUACGUUCAUCCACCGAGUCGCCGGAACGCUCAUCAUCGCCCGAGAGCGACUCCAUGAUGAUGGCCGAUCGUGAUGUGAUGACAUUACCGCUACGAAAACGUAAACUUUACAUGCACGAGUGCUCACCAAUCGAAGCAACAUCACUAAGUGUAUCCACACGCGAAAUGGAGAAAACACUUGGCCAUAUCGGUCUAGCCACCAGCAGUGGUGCAACAAAUCAUGUCGCCAUCGACACAUUGGCUAAUGCCAGCCAUGAGACCGGCGCAAAGGUGAUGCGUUUGAGUUCGGUUAUACAAUUCGCCAAAGCCUCAUAACUGCAAAUGAACGCAUGUGAGAUGUACGCAAAAAAGAACUGUUUCAUUGGAGAAAUCAAUUAAAGACUGUUAAGCAAAUUUUGUAUUUACAUACUAUGUAGCGCAAAUAAAUUAAUUAACUAAGCUGCACUAUACCAUAAGGCAACCGUACGCAUCGGAACUACAGACACACACGCACGUAUAUGCAUACAUACAGACAUACACCUAGGUGUAAGCAGGUGUUAAUGUUUAGAUUGGUGUAUAUUUGUUAGCAUUAUUUUGCCAAAAGUAUUAUUUUAGGUACUGACAUUAGUUAAUGGCUUACAACAUUGAACUUACAAACUCAAUAUAUUUCGUAGUAACUUUUUACUAGAGAGUUAGCCCACUAAUUAUACAUAAAUGAGGGCGAGUUCGCUAUUGAACGGAUUAUGUAGCAUUAUUAUUAAUUAUUAUCGUAGUCAAUAAAUAUUUAGUUUAAUUUAUGUUAAAAUUUAAGUACAUUUAAGUGUAGCGUGAAUAAACACACACACAUAUGCAUACAUGUGGAAUGUAUUUGUAACAUUUGAAUAAGGAUCAUAUGUACAUACAUACAUAUAUAUUUAUAUACAAAUAUGUUGAUUAAUUUUGCGAUUAUUUUAUGGCAAUUAUAAUUUUAUUAUUUUCGUUUAACUUUGGCUUUUGUGCCAGAUUUUUUGUUUAUUCCAGUUGUUUGUUCGUUUCUUCACUGUACAAGUUUUGUCAAACCGAAAAUGUCUAUUAUAAGCAAAUAAAGCAUCGACUUUUCUAUAACCUAAUUAAAUAACUAAAAAGUAAAUUUCUGUUUGCAUACAUUCAACAUAUUUAUUGCCGUGUUAGUUAUUGCUAUGUUAGUAAACAUGCCAAUCAAGUAACUAUUUGUAUGUAUAAAUGCCUUAUAUAGAACAACUCAUGUAUAUAUACGGCAACAGGCAUUAUGAUACCAAAAAGCCAUAACUUUAGUCCGUACGCAGGGCUAAUAGUAAAUUGCAUAUUUAUUGAAAGGGAGCAAUUGCGUUUAGUUUAGGUUUUAUUAUGUUAAAAAGUUACGCUUUCAAGCCCAUAAGUGGUAUUUUAUACAAUAAGUUUAAGUAAAAAUGUCACAUCCAUCAAUUGAAAUAAAAAUAAUAAAUAUUGGUUGGAAGAUUGAAAGUACGUACGUAUGUGUGUAAGGCAGCGGUUCAUGUGCAAGUACUAGAUUGUCAUAAGUCAAAGUAAUUAUGGAAACAAUAAAAUGCAUAUUUACAUAUGUACGUAUGUACCUACAUAUAUGCAACAAGUAAUAAACAGCAUAUAAAACACACAAUUUAGAUUGGAAUAAUGGACAUUUGCAUAGUUACGCACAUAUUUACAUAUAUGUGUUUACAAAAAUUCAUACUUUUUUAACGCCAGAGAGAUAUUAAGUACAUUUUUUAAAUACAAGCAAAAAUAAUUAAAUAUUUCACAAAAAGCAGUAUUCGUUGGAAUGCCGAAAAUUACAAAUGUGUAUCUAGUAAUAAAAAAGUAUCGAUAUCGAAAGUGUCGGACAUUUUUUACAAGAACUUUUUAUAUGUGUUUAUAUUUCAAUCCACAUAAUCAUUUGUAUACAUACAUAACUAUUUUACCAAUAACCUAUAAAUAAGUUGAAAUAAAAACAAAAUUUAAACAUA